UCGCGCCAGACUCCCAACAGACCCCUGACAGACCCUGGGGAGACCAGACCCUCGGAGACCCUUGGAUCCCCUCGGGAGACCAGACAUGACGGACAUCACGCUCGGGUUCCUCCAGGGACUGCUUCGGGAGGAGCUGCCUGAUGUCACGGUCACCAGCUUUGAGGGUGCUCCAGGCUCCAACCGCGGAGACAACUACACCUCCAUGGUGUACCGCAUCACGCUGACAGGAACCCGCAAGUCCAUCGAGCCCGACGGGUCCAGCGAGCGCGAGGAACCCUGGCACGGCAGCAUCAUCUACAAGUGCCUCCCUGAAAGCACCCUCAGACGAGAAGCCUUCAAAAGCGAUGAACUCUUUUGCAAUGAAGUUGCCUUCUACAACAAAAUCUGGCCAACACUCUCUAAAUUCCAACACCAAUGGUCGUACAAACUCAAGUUUCCGUUCAAAAGUAUCCCAAAGUGCUACCUGGCUCAGAACGACUUGGUUAUACUAAAGGAUUUGAAGGAAUUGGGGUUUGUGAUGCCGGAUAGAAGGAAGGGACUGAGUAUAGAGCAAUGUUACUUUGUGAUGAAACAUCUUGCUCAGUUUCAUGCGCUGUCGUUGGCCAUGAAGUAUUAUAAUCCUGAAGGGUUUUAUGAACUGCUGAAUAUCCAGGAUGGUAUCUCUGAAGUAUUUUUCGUAGCGGAAAAUGAAGAUUAUUACAAAAACUAUUACCGUGAAGCAGCCGUAAAUGCAGUGGCUAUGGUGGAAGAAGAAUUAGAGAAUUCAGAAGAUAAGGACACGUACAUUUCAAAGUUCAAGGAAUUCUGCAGUGAGGAGCAUUUCUUCCAGAAUAUGGUGGAUCUGGUAACUCCCAAGGAACACUUAGCGGUCAUCACUCAUGGGGACUGCUGGACUAACAAUCUACUGUUCCGAUACGUCGAUGGCGAUAUAGCAGAGAUGUACCUGGUAGACUUCCAACUGGCCCGCUACGCCUCGCCCACCCUAGAUCUGGCCAGUCUGAUGUACCUGUGCCUAGACCGAGGGCAGAGGAAGGAACACCUGACGUCUCUGCUGGAGUACUACACAGAACAACUGCACCAGAGACUGCUGGAGCUCAGUGAUGAUGAGUCAGUGUUCAGUGGCGCCUUGAAUAAGAAGGCUUUGUGGGAUUUGGUGCAAUCGGAAUUCAAACGUAGCAGUCGUUUUGGUCUGGGCCUGGCGUUGGAUAUGUUACCAAUUAUGACAUGCGAUAGUAACGAAGCGCCUAACCUUUACCAGGCUAAGGAAAGUGUAGCUCCAUCUCAUGAAUGUAUAAAACCGGUUUUUACUUCAAAUGAAGAGUGCAGAAAGAAGAUAACCGACCUGGUUCAAGAAUUAGUCGAUGAAGGAGUUAUAUGAAAACAAAUUGAAGAUCAGACGAAUAU